GCCGAGCCGGGCUGGGCUGAGGCGAGGCGAGCCAAGCGAGCCGGGCCGAGCCGAGCCGAGCCGAGCCGAGCCGAGCCGAUUCGAUCCAAGCUGAGCUGAGCUGGGCUGAGCCGAGCCGAUCCAAAUCGAUCUGACCCGAUCCAAGCCGAGCCGAGCUGAGCCGAGCCGCGCCGGGCCCUCCCGCCGCCCGCCCGGCUGUUGACAAGCGGCGGCGGGAGGCAGCGCGCUCGUCCCCAUGUGGCGGACGCUGGCCCUCGCCUCCGCCUUCUUCCCGGGGCUCUUCGUCCUCUGCAUCCGGUUGCUGCGCUGGGCCGCCCCGGGAUGGAGCCUCAAGGACCGCAUCCUGCUCAGCGGCAGGCUGGUGUCAACGGUCCAAGCCACGAUGGCCACGGUGUCAGGGAUCACGGUUGUCCUCAGCUGCAAGAACGUGGUGUACGACAGGCACUGGCUGGCCGUGGAGUACAUCUGGGUCCUCGUUCCCUACAUGACUUAUGACAUCUAUGUCAUGUACCUCUGCCACUGGCACAAGAGCCAGGAAAAGGGAAUUGCAGAGAAGAAGCACUCGCUGGCCAGCGUGUGGAGCUUCCUCCUGCAGGAGCGGCUGAUGGUGACCCACCACCUCUUCAUCCUCAUCGUGCUCACCCCCAUCACCCAGCACUUCAGGGGAGAGCUGGGGGACUUCUUCGUGGGCUGCAUCUUCACAGCAGAGCUGAGCACGCCUUUCGUAUCCCUGGGCAAAAUCCUCAUGCAGCUCAAAAUGCAGGACACGCUCCUGCACAAGGUGAACGGGAUCCUCAUCCUGGUGACCUUCUUCCUCUGCCGCAUCCUCCUCUUCCCCUUCAUGUACGCGGCCUACGGGCGGCAGGUGGGGAUCCCCGCGUACCUGGUGCCUUUCCGCAUCCCGCUGCACUGCAACAUCGCCAACGCCUCCCUCAUCGCCCCCCAGCUCUACUGGUUCAGGCUCAUCUGCCGCAAAGCCGCCCGUCUCUACGGCCGCCCGCCCGCCGACCGGAGCAGAUAACGGCCGGGCCCAGCCGGGGGCUGCAACGGGGUCAGCCCCGCCGGCUCUGCCACCGUCACUGGGAGCAGGGACAGCACUGGGGCCGUCCCAGCUGGAAUCAGCCUCACGUCUCCACCGCCGUGCCAGGCAGCGCCAGCCUGGGCUAGGAAGGCUUUCCUCCCACACCGCUCCAGCGCCUGGCAUCCACCCGCCCGUGGGAGCCGGAUCGUAAGCACAACAUUCCAUUCUGGGGUUCAGCGCCGCGGCACGGAACUAACGGUUACACGAGAGGGGUUUGUUACAACCCACCCCCCCCGCUGCAUGUUCCAGGGCUGACACCAGACACCGGCACGGCAGUGUGGAGGAGCCUGCAGACAGAGGAGGGGAUCCCGGAGCAUCCAGCCCCUACGAGCAGCACGGAUGGGGAUGGGGAGCUGCGUGCCUGACCUGCCACAGCCCCAGCUCGCUCCUCCAGCUCCAGCUCAGCCUCCAGGCGAGAGCAGUGCCAGGCCUGGAGCUGCAGUACAGUUCUGCAGAGCCGUUCCUGACCAUUACCGACUUCACCUCUACACUACAGCCCUGUUCAGCCUCUGACCUCCCACAUGCACCUCCUGCUGCUGCUGCUGGGCUCAAGCUCAUUUAAAGCUCCACUUAACCCGAAGGUGCUUUUCAUUACAACUGUCUGAUGUCUGUCUGACAGUCCUGGGGCCGGGGGCUCCGGUGUUCCCUGCAGAGCUGGAGGGAAGAAGCUCACACCAGGACAGGGGAACGGUUGCACUGUCUCACAAGCAACACUGGCAGGGCAGGGUGCCCACGGCUGAAGGGCAGGAUGGGGAUGGGAACCUGCCAAGUCUGCACUAUGCAGAGCCCUUUGUUGGCAAGGGAUGCAACUUCCACCCCACUCCUCUAACCACAGCUGCUUUUAUCUGCCCCGCGUCCCCUCAGCAGGUAUUUAAAACCAUCUGGCACACCCUGCCUCGCUCUGCCCUCCAGCUGGCACCACCACGCCCUGGCAGCAGCUGUGGUACGGCCCAAGCUCCGGUUGCAUGGUCCAUCCCUCCAGCCCCAUCCCACUCCCCCACAAGGCUGCCAAGGACAGAACUGGGGCAGCGCAGAACCAGUGACCCCAGAGCAGGGGGCUGAGCUGGUUUUCCUUCACCAGUUUAGCCCAUUCCCACCUUCAGUCGCAGCAAAAUGGGUUCAGGCCACCCGGCUCGCCCUGCACCACAGGGUUCCCGAGCCCUGCGGGCGCGUGCAAUCAGACCACAGCGGUUCAGUGCAGUUCAGCACCUUCCCUGCGGCCACCAGCACAAGCCAGGGCAGCCGCCUCCUCCCCACAGCCUCCCGUGCCCGCUCCAGGGCAGGGAACUGCACCAGCACAGCCCUGGCACAGCCCCACACCCAGGAGACCAGUGACCACUCUGUGCCUUUCAUUCCAUCUGAAACCAGCAGCCAAGCUCUGGAAGACCUGGAUCUUUUGGGUGUUGUAUCUUGUCCUAGGCAUGGCUGUUGUUCUGGAUAGAGUUAAAAAAACAAAGGAAGAAGGGCCUCUUCCAACUUGUGGAUGGUUGUUGCAGAAGCGCCGCUGUCACAGUAACCACCGCGACCAGCUGAUGUUAUAAACCGCUUGCAACUCGUUACAGAUAUUUGUAUCUCACCGUUUUCAUUGCGAGUAACGUGCCUUACGUAAGGACAAAAAAAAACCCAAACCAGCCAAUGAGGCACCUCAGUUUGCACUAACACUGCCCUAUUUACUGUCAGGAGACCAAUAAAGAUUUCCUUUCUGAGUCACACCA